AUGAGGCAGCCCCUAUUCAUCCUUUGUAACUUUAGCCCUGACCCUGGAACAAGAAAGGGGUUCCAUAAAUGUCAAUUCAUCAGUGAAAAAAAAAUAAUACUUUUUUUUUUUUUUGCCACUGCAGGCGCAGCCAUGAGUAUACUCAGACUUCAGGAGAGUCUUGCCUCCAGGGUCCUCCGCUGUGGCAAAAAGAAGGUCCGGUUGGAUCCCAGUGAGACUAAUGAAAUUGCCAGCACCACCUCCCAUCGGCAGAUCUGGAAUCUGAUCAAAGAUAGGCUGAUCAUGGGGAAGCCUGUGACUGUCCAUUCCUGGGGUUGA